AAUGCGCAACGUCGACCAGCGAGCCCACUCUUCCCCCGAUUGAGUCUGCCACAAAUGCCAGACACUCCCAUUGUUCAACAGAGGGAUCGUCGGGGCAAUGAUUGUUCAUUGCCCAACAGCACCCUGGGUGCAGCUUUGCCUAUUUGGACUACUUGCCGAGCCGAGACAAUAGACGAUACAUCAACAAACGUGCAAGUGGAUCGAAUUGGGUGCCCAAAUUGAAUAUCGUUCCUAUUUUGUUUCUUUAUUUUUAUUAUAUUUGUUGAACUACUAUUAUUCGCUUAUCCUAACGGUAAGAAACAACAUGCAAUGAAUUUGAUAACCUAUGUAAAACUAAACCUAAGUCAUGCCUUAACUAGAAAUCGAUGAUUGAAAUUGGAGCCUAAAGGAAGAGUGCAUAGUUGUGUGAAUUAAAACUAUUGCAACAAGGUGAGACAAACAAAUUAAAACCAGCGAAACUAUUAUCUGACAAUUAUCUAACUAAUUAAGGUAUCCACGUCAGGAGUAAAAAGCAUUACCGCUUAAAUCUAGUGCACCAAUUGUUGUGCGAUAGUGAGGAAAAACUAAAGAAUUUUGUAAUACGCAGAAUAAAGUAUUAACAAAAUUGGGAACCCUCGCUUCUAUCGACAACAAUUUACAAAAUUCUUUACGGGACAUUAUGGCGAGCCAGAGCAGUUCCCAAAAGCGAAGACAUGCGAAUGUUCGAUAUAGUCCGACCAUCGACGGUGAUGUGCAUACGGUCAGCGGAAACCAUCCGGAUAUAGCUCAUCCGGAGACGGUAAGACUUUUGGAGAACGUCGUCCGGACUGAUUCAAGGAUUCAGACGGAGCAGACAGUACCAAGCCAGGUAGUCCAAAACGAGUCUCAACCGACGGUCACCGCGGCCCUCCCUUCUAGCCCUCAGGUAAUCGUUACCAGAACGGUGAGUACCGGCAAAGGAGCCAUACCCAAGGCAAAAACUGCCACAAAGAAUAAAAGCAAACGAAAGUCAGUCUAUGUCACGAUUCGCAACGAUACCUUUGUCAGGCGAAAUCCCCCGCGCCGCGUUCGCGAAAACCGAGUCAGUAGUUGUAAGCUGUGUCAUGUGCCCGAUAAUACAGCCAUGGUGCAGUGCGGCGAAUGUGGUUCGCGGUUUCAUUUUUCGUGUGUUGAAGUGAGUCAGUCAGUGGAGGAAAUAAGCUGGUCGUGCCCUGAAUGUGCAAGUGCGUCCAAGAGAAAGACCCCCAGGCAAAUUUCGGUACCCGUGAUGCAAAGGGCCACCGAGAAUCGUCAACAAUUUACUUCACCCCCCAGCGUAGUAGUCUCAUCAAAAUCGGCUGGACAAUCAAGUAGGCGUAGUGAGAAGAGAAAAAUCGAACUACAGCUGCAAAAACUAGAGGAGGAACGAGAAUGGCAUCAACAAUACUUGAAGCAGAAGUACAGCCUGCUACAAGAACUGGAGAGCGACACUUCAUCCAAGAUCAGCCACCAAGAUUCGAUGGAAGAGAAUGCGGCGAAGAUAGAGCAGUGGAUACAAAACACGGAGAUUUGCGGGGAUGAUUCCGGUCUUGUCGACGUAGACCCAGAAGACGAGCCUGUAUUGGCCAAUGUACAGGAAGCUCAACGGCGGCGUCAGCGGGACCAAGAACUUCAAGGCCAACAGAACUGCGACAGACUCCAGAUCACACAACUGAUGAGUAAGCUGCAGGUUGCAGAACGUCGUGCUCCGUCCAUAGCGAAUAUGUCGGUGCAGAACAACCGCACGCAUCAUAAUGAUAGCAGUUAUCAACCCCCGCGUCCACAAAUCGGACUAGCGGAUGCUGAUCGUAGACCAACGAAUAGCCUAAGAAAUGUAGAGCCACGGCAAACUACAUCGCAAAGGUUUCAGCAGUGUACCAGCAGAACCUUUGGUCCUCAAGUUCCACCGUCAAACCUAUGUGAAGACCCAGUUCUAAACCAACGGCGAUCACAGUACCUUCCAACUUCUGAGCUGCGUCCACGAGCUGAGAACCGUAGAGAAACCAGAUUCCCUACUACUGCUGUAGAUUUCGUUCCUGGACAGAGAUCCACUCCUGUCACCCAACCGCGAAGAAGAAUCCCAUCUGCAGAGCCCGAAAUUGAAGACGAUGAUGCUACCUACACGUUAAACCGAAGCCAACUAGCUGCUAGGCAGGCAGUAUCCAGAGAUUUGCCAGACUUCAAUGGCAAUCCAGAAGAUUGGCCGCUCUUCCUUUCGAUGUUCGUUUCGUCCACUCAGCUCUGUGGAUUCUCAAACGAGGAAAAUAUGCUGAGACUUCGGAAGUGCCUCAAAGGAAAGGCGCUGGAGGCUGUCAAGUGCCGUAUGCUUCAUCCAUCAAACGUUCAGGGAGUGAUUUCCACCCUCAAAAUGCUGUAUGGACGGCCUGAAGCCAUCAUUCAGGCAAUCGUUAGGAAGAUUCGCUCGUUGCCAUCUCCCAGCAUCGAAAAACUGGACACCGUGAUCCAGUUCGCCCUCAGCGUAGAGAAUCUAGUCGCGACGGUGGAAGCCUGUGAGAUAAGUGACUUUAUGUAUAACGUUUCCCUAAGAUACGAGCUGGUGGAAAGGCUGCCACCAACUUUAAAGCUGGAUUGGGCACGGUUUUCUCGGGAUCAACCCAAUCCAAACCUCCUGGACUUCAGCUCGUGGCUCCAUUUCGUAGCCGAGGAUGCCAGUGCUGUUUCCAUUUGCAUAGAUGGCGAACACCGAGCUAGAACAACGAAGAAAGAUGGGUUUCUGAAUCUUCACUCCGAGGAUAGCCAGCAGUCGUUCGCUCCGGUGAGCAGUAAACCUGCGCCUUCGAAAGAGUUCGUCAAAGAGUGCGUUGGGUGCAAAGGAAGCUGUUUGACGUUGGCGCAAUGCAAACGCUUCACGGAGCUUAGCUACGAUUCAAAAUGGGCAGUUGUGCGAGAGUUUAACGUUUGCCGAAAAUGCCUACGAAAGCACAACGGCCCGUGCAAGCAGAAAAAGGAGUGCGGCACAAAUGGUUGCUCCUAUCUGCAUCAUCCUCUCCUACACGACACAGAACGACAUACGGAUGCGGCAUCUCAGGUUCCAGUCCAGUCUUCGGAAACCCAACGGAAUCAAGCUACCAGUACCAGCUGUAAUGUACACCAAGGACAGUCCGAGAUCUUGUUCAGAAUCGUACCAGUGCUUCUGUAUGGCCCCUCGAAGGUGGUACGAACCUACGCCUUCUUAGAUGAAGGCUCGGAACUAACGCUGAUGGAGCAGAGUUUGGCGGACGAACUAGGAGUGCAAGGACCGCAAAAUUCCCUUUGUCUACGAUGGACCGGUGGCACCAACAGGACCGAAGCUCUGUCGCAGAAAGUAAACUUCCAGAUUUCCAGCGUGACGACACCCUUCAAGAAGUUCAAGCUCGGCGAAGUGCAUACAGUUGAGAAUCUUCAGCUCCGAUCGCAGACGAUGCUUAUGGACGAGAUGCAGGAGAAGUAUCAGUAUCUGAAGGGCCUACCUGUGGAAUCCUAUCAAGAAGUCAGCCCACGACUUCUCAUCGGGCUAGAUCAUGCGAGCUUGGGUAAUGUGAUGAAAUGUCGCGAAGGCAAGCCGAACGAACCCACAGCAGUGAAGACUCGCCUGGGUUGGAUGAUUUUCGGAUGUUGUUCCCGCACCAGAACCAGUGCCAACCACAUCAAUCAUCAUCGUGUCCAGCUUUGCCAAUGCGAAACCAAGUCGAACGACGAGCUACACGAAGCUAUGAAGCAGUAUUUCUCUCUGGAAAGUUUGGGAAUCAGUAAGCCGAGCAAACUCCUGCUAUCUAACGAUGAUCGGAGGGCGAACGAACUGCUGCAAACUCUCACCAGGAGCACAAAGGGACGCUAUGAAUCCGGGCUUCUAUGGCGGUACGAUAACGUUCGGCUUCCGGACAGCAGACCUAUGGCACUACGUCGAUGGGAAUGUCUUGAUCGUCGAAUGCAAAGAGACGAAGACCUUGCGCAAGCACUCAAUGCGAAGAUAAAGGACUAUCUGGCGAAAGGCUACAUCAGGAAGAUGACCGUGGAAGAACUGGAGGCGCCCUGCAAUCGAGUCUGGUACCUACCAAUCUUUCCGGUAGUAAACCCCAACAAACCAGGCAAAAUCAGACUUGUCUGGGAUGCAGCCGCGAAGAUCCAUGGAGUCUGCCUUAAUUCGGUUCUCCUUAAGGGCCCUGAUCUGCUGGUUUCUCUCCUGUCAGUCUUGGUACGGUUCCGUGAGUUUCGUGUGGCGGUUUCCGGUGACAUCAGAGAAAUGUACCAUCAGGUGCUGAUGAGACCGGUUGACCAGCACUGUCUGCGCUUCCUUUGGAAGGACAACGAAGAUGACACAGCCCCCAGCACGUACGUCAUGCAAGUGAUGUCCUUUGGUGCGUGCUGCUCUCCAAGCACAGCACAAUACGUUAAGAACACACAUGCCCAACAAUUCGAGCAAGAGUUUCCUGAAGCUGUUCACGCCAUCGUCCAUGACCACUACGUCGACGAUAUGCUGAUCAGUGUCGAAACAGAGGAGAAGGCGAUCCAGCUAGCAACGGAAGUAAAAGAAAUACAUGAAUGCGGAGGUUUCGAAAUGCGAAACUGGGUGUCCAACGUACCAGCAGUAGUGGCCGCGCUGGACGGAGAGAAAACCAACGAGAAAAACCUGAGCAUCGGAGAAACAGAAACCACUGAGAAGGUGCUCGGAAUGUGGUGGGAUACUACAGCAGACUGUUUUACGUACAAACUAUCUUCCCGCCACGACGCUGAUCUGUUGUCUGGUCGCAAACGACCAACAAAGCGUGAGGUUUUAAGGACCCUUAUGAUGGUUUUCGACCCUCUCGGACUGAUCAGCCACUUCCUGAUGUUUCUCCGAUGCCUUUUACAGGAGAUCUGGAGAGCAUCCAUCGACUGGGACGAGCAAAUCCACGAUUGUCACUUUGAGAAGUGGCUCACAUGGCUGCGGUUUCUUCCUCGUGUAGCGGACAUCAAGAUUCCUCGUUGCUACCGGACCGUCACAUCUGCAGAAGAAGGAACCGUUGUCCAAAUGCAUACCUUUGUGGACGCCAGCGAGAACGGCUUCGCGGCAGCCGUCUAUCUCCGUUUCCAGGAGGAAAAUACAGUUGAAUGCACUUUAGCAGGAGCCAAAACCAGGGUGGCGCCGUUAAAGUUUCUCUCUAUACCCCGUUCCGAACUUCAGGCAGCAGUUAUCGGGACUAGACUGGCAGAUUCUAUUCUGGAGUCCCUAUCGAUUAAGGUUCAGAAGCGAUUUUUUUGGACUGAUUCUCGGGACGUCAUGUGCUGGCUACACUCGGAUCACCGGCGCUAUAGUCAGUACGUAGGUGUCCGAAUCAGCGAGAUUCUAGAAACAACGGAUCUACGAGACUGGCGUUGGGUUCCUACGAAAUUAAACGUAGCUGAUGACGGAACGAAAUGGAAAACUUCUCCUGAUUUCAGCGCCUCUAGCCGGUGGUUUCAUGGACCCGAUUUUCUUUGGGAACCUGAAGAGCAGUGGCCGAUCUCUCCUCAGCCUGUCAAGACCACCGACACGGAGCUGCGUCCACAUCUUCACCUCCAUUUCAAAGCACUGGAGCCAAUAAUCGAUACUAGCAGAUUCAGCCAAUGGCGUACUCUGCUGAAGACUACAGCGUAUGUGUUCAGAGCCAUUAGAAACAUGCAGCGAACUACACGACAAUUGCCCAAAGCCUAUGGUCCGCUCACUCGUGAUGAGCUCACUAAUGCCGAAUCCUAUCUGCACCAAACAGCUCAGAGAUGUUCGUAUGAGGAGGAAAUUGCAAUUUUGUCCACAAAGCAUCAAGGAUCGUCCUCAAAGGGAAUCUCAAAAGGCAGCACGCUGUAUCGUCUUUGUCCGUUCAUGGAUGAGAAGGGAGUUCUGAGGAUCCGCGGGCGUACCAGCGCCUGCCAAUUCGUCGACAGCAGCGUCGUAAAUCCAAUCAUUCUUCCUCGGGAACACAGUGUUACAAAGCUCAUCGUAUUGGACGUUCAUCAACGAUUUCUGCAUCAGAAUCAUGAAACCGCAAUCAACGAGCUGAAACAACGCUACUAUAUUUCCCGUCUGAAAGUCGUCUACAAGUCGGUCCGAAACAACUGCCAAUUUUGCAAAAACGAACGAGCUUCUCCACAGGCGCCGCUGAUGAGUGACCUGCCGCACGCGCGCCUCGCAGCUUAUAGUCGACCUUUCAGCCACAUGGGUGUGGACUAUUUCGGCCCAAUGAUGGUAACCGUUGGCCGCCGAGUGGAGAAACGCUGGGGGGUCUUAGCCACUUGCCUGACUGUUCGCGCCAUCCAUCUGGAGAUCGCACACUCACUAACAACUGACUCGUGUAUCAUGGCUCUACGCAACAUAAUGAGCAGAAGGGGGGUGCCAGUUGCCAUUUACAGCGACCGUGGUACCAAUUUUGUGGGGGCCAACAAAGAGCUGAAGACCGCACUUGAAGAACUGGAGCACGACAAGAUCGUAGCAGAAUUCACUUCGCCGCAUACGACGUGGAUUUUCAUCCCGCCCUUAUCACCGCAUAUGGGCGGAGCCUGGGAGAGGCUGAUUAGAUCGGUCAAGCAAAACCUUGAAAAGCUGAGACCGAACCGCCUACCGUCCGACGAAACACUACGGAAUAUACUGAUAGAAGUGGAGUACCUCGUGAAUUCAAGGCCUCUGACCGAAAUUCCACUCGAUGACGAUCAGUCUCCAGUAUUGACACCGAAUCACUUCGUCAUUGGGUCGUCAAAUGGAGUGCUCCCGUGGACAAGCCUCGAUGACAGCCCUGCCCGGCUAAAACAGAAUUGGAAACUUUCGCAGAGCGCAACAAACCAGUUCUGGAAGCAAUGGGUGCACGACUAUCUCCCGUCUUUGACCCGGAGAGCGAAAUGGUUCUCGGAAGUGAAGCCGAUAAGGAUCAAUGACAUCGUGGUCAUCGUCGACGCAAAAUUCCCUCGUAGCUGCUGGCCUAAGGGACGGGUGAUAGCCACCAAAGUAACACCAGACGGACAAGUAAGGUGGGCUACAGUACAAACCGCUAGUGGGAUAUACGAGCGACCAGCAAUCAAACUCGCAGUGCUCGACGUUGGCGUAGAAGGAAAUGCAACUCAGAGAGAUCUUCGGCGCAUUGAAGGGGGGAGUGUUGAAUGCGCAACGUCGACCAGCGAGCCCACUCUUCCCCCGAUUGAGUCUGCCACAAAUGCCAGACACUCCCAUUGUUCAACAGAGGGAUCGUCGGGGCAAUGAUUGUUCAUUGCCCAACAGCACCCUGGGUGCAGCUUUGCCUAUUUGGACUACUUGCCGAGCCGAGACAAUAGACGAUACAUCAACAAACGUGCAAGUGGAUCGAAUUGGGUGCCCAAAUUGAAUAUCGUUCCUAUUUUGUUUCUUUAUUUUUAUUAUAUUUGUUGAACUACUAUUAUUCGCUUAUC